AUGACAAUUCGUUUCGAGCGCAGGACGGCCGGGGAGGGUGGGGAGUGGGGAAGGAUGAGCGCGAGCAGCCUCUCUUGGGACCAGGCUAUUCUCCAGCCUCCGGUGUGCGAUGCUUGGAAGGAGAUUAUGGAAGGAGCAGCCUACCAGCUGGCCAGCUGCAUCGUCCUCAUGGGCUACAUGGGGGGAAGUGGCAUCUUUGGGUCCCUCUAUAUCUUUGGCCUCCUGGCCCCAGGCUACUUCUGCUAUGCUCUGUGGGGCUGGCUGAGCGCCUGUGGGCUGGAUGUCUUCAUCUGGAACAUGCUGCUCGUCCUCAUCUGCUUGCUUCAGCUGGCUCACCUGGUUUACCGGCUCCGCAGAAACACCAUCCCAGAAGAGUUUGACCUUCUCUACAAGACCAUGUACCUGCCCUUGCAGGUUCCCCUCGAAGUCUACAAAGAAAUUGUGAAGUGCUGUGAAGAGCAAGUCCAGUCGCUAGGCAGAGACCAGUGUUACGCGGUGGAGGGCAAGACGCCCAUUGACCGCCUCUCAUUGCUGCUGUCCGGCAGGGUCCGAGUGAGCCAGGAUGGACAAUUCCUUCACUACAUCUUUCCAUACCAGUUCCUGGACUCUCCAGAAUGGGAAUCGCUGCGACCCUCUGAGGAAGGAACUUUCCAGGUCACGCUGACAGCUGAGACUGACUGCAGCUUCAUCACCUGGCCGAGGAAGAAGCUGUAUCUCCUCCUGAGGAAGGACCGCUACAUUGCCCGUCUCUUCUCAUCCUACCUGGGCUAUGACAUCUCGGAGAAGCUCUACUCCCUCAACGAGAAGCUCUUUGCCAAGUUUGGCCUUCGCUUCGACAUCCGCUUGCCCAGCCUCUACCAUGUCCUCGGGCCAACCUCCUCCGAGGGGGAGUCAGAGGACUGUGAGGAGCCACCACCCACCUCUGACCAGGCUGGUGCCUCUGAGCCCCCUCCACAGCCACAGCCACCACCGCCACCGGUUCCACGCUCCCGGGCAUCCCGGCCUGACAGUGACCUGCUGGGUGAGGACUCCACCAGUCUUGUCUUGGAAGAUUUUGCUGAGUUGCCGGGGUCUUUUAUGGACUAUGUGAGCGAAGGGGAGUAUAUGAAGUGA